GCAGCAGUAGCAGCGACAGCGCCUCUCGCCGCAGACCGAGCACCCUGCCCGGGCAGGACGGAGCCCUGUCUCCCCUCAGUUUUGGUGAAGGAUGCGUAAAAAAAGCCUGACUGUUCUCUAAGGAAGAUUAGGGUCGAUCUGUUUUCAUUGUUUCUUUCAUUCUCGUCGUGGACUCGCUCUCGCCGGCGACUGCGGGCGUGCUCGGGUUGAAGCUAGCGUUGUCACGAACUUUCCAAAACACAGCUAGUGUGCGGUUAAGAGUUAACCGUGGUUUGGUCGUGUUUUGUUUCGACAACUGUCUCACACGGGACAAAUCAUUGUAUCUCAGUGAAUUCCUCGUGGUCGAACUUCCAUAAAUGAUUGCAGCACUGGGUUGAUUUUGAUGGUGUGAGACGUUGCUGUCAAGGGAGAUCUACACGAAAGUUGGACACCAUACCAGUUGAAGAAGCCAAUUUGAAUCUUAUCACUUAAACUGCAUUGAACCGCAUAAUGGAUGGAAUAGACACCUUGCAGAGCUCGGCCCCAGAGACCAAGGCUGAGCGAAUUGCCCGCUACAAAGCAGAAAGGAGGAGGGAGCUUGCUGAGCGCUAUGGCAACACAGAAGAAAUCACCUCCAAAUAUGUCCGUAGGGAGAGGAGAACUGGUGACACAUCCGAUACUGUGUCCUCAGCAACCAAGGAGAAGGAAAAAUAUGAUGAUAAUGGCUCAGAGCCAACAUAUAGCAGGAGGGGCCCAAGGAAUAAAGUAGUAGAACCUGCGGAGCACACAGAUGAUGAGCCCGCCCAGGUGAAAGAGGCUACAACUCACCUCAAAACAGACACAGUUUUAUCCUCCAAAUCAGAAGCUGUCUCCUCCAUAAAGACAUCCUCUCAUUUCAGGCUGCUGGAAACUGAUGACACUGAGGAGCCAAAAGUUAAUGAGACACCUGUGGACUCAUCUAAGAAGUCUGUUACUUCCAAAAUGUCUCUCUUUAAGGACGUGCAGGGGACAGAGGAUGGAAGCAGUGGUCGACGUGCUGGUGACAGAAUAAAGCGUCAGCUAAUGAGCAGCGAUGAAGAGGAAGCGUCUACCUGGCUUCCUAAAUCUGACAUAGUAAAGGCAAUGGAAGAGAAAGAGGCCAAAGAUGAACCCUCAUGGAAGGAGCAGUGUGAAUAUUCUGCCGCUGCAGAGGAAAAAAAGUCUUCCAGUCUCCUCUCUGACAGCAAGAACAGAGAGGCCGCUCCCUCUCCCUCUCCACCCCUCCAGCCUGCCUCGCUGCAGCGCCAAGACUCAGGGCCUCAAGGCAUCAAGGGAAUCCUAAAGAAAAGCCGCUCCACCAGUGUGGAGUCGGACCACAGUGAGGGCUCGACGCCCGAGUGCGUGCCAGCCCGACAAAGCAGCAUCACCCUCAGCCGCCCCGAGAGCGAGGAAGAGACGGAGGAGGAGGAAGAGGAGGAGGAAGAGGAGGAAGAAGAGGAAGAGGUCUACGAGGAAAAUGACAGAGAGGAUGAGUCAAUCACUGAUGAUAUCACAGACGGAGAGAGCUUCAGCAUUGACAGGCAACAGAGGGAGGGCAGCAGUAGCAGCAGAGGGAGCUUCGAGGAGAUGCAAAGUCCCUCGCCUGAUGAGAGCCUGGAGAAGACCUCCACAGUGUCAGAGGAUGUUGAGGAGCUGGACAGCAGCUUGGAUCAAAGUCUGGGCUCUUCACUCAAACAGAGACUCACAGAAUUCACUAGUGGAGAGGAUGAGAAUAACGAUAGGCUGAAGAAGCCCAAGUCAUCUAAGCUGAUCCAGACACCUCUGGCUGAUCGCUUCAGUCUGCUCCAAGACGCUGAAAAUAACUGGAGGAAAAAGAAGUCCAAUGUAGAUGUGGAGCCCAAGAUGUCACUGGUAGAGAGGAUGAAGAUCCUGAAGGAGAAGGAGGAGCAGUGGAAGAGCAAAGGCAAAGGAGCAGCCAACGACUCCAUCCAGUUCACCGUGGCUGGACGCAUGGCCAAGAGAGGGCUUGUGUCAGAUACAGGAAAGGAGGAAUCACCUCUUAUCUCUCUCAAGAAGUCUACUGCCACGCCUGUGAAGCCGCAUGAAGAAAUCUCCAGUAGAACUGAUGUAAAGGUGGAAGGAGAUAAAAGGCUCGACAAGCUUGAGUCCUUCCUAGACAAGCUCCACAAUAAAGGCGUGAGCAAAAGCAGGACAUCCACCAUUGAGGUGACGGCAGAGACGGAGAAAGAAGUGAUGACCCUGGAUGAUGAGGAGACAUUCGGCAUCUUCUACAAAUCUGUCUCACCCUCCACACUCCAGGACUCCAUUGUGGUCAUGACUGAGGAGGACCUCAGCCACAUUCAUGCCGAUACCCCAAAGCUCACCUCAGCCGUAGCAGAACACAAGCGUGCAGUGCGACCAGCCCGCAGAAAUCAGGGCUCCAGGAACCCUCUACGGGCUCUGGCUGCCCGCCACGACCUUCGGCAGGUCUACACCGAACAGAGGCUUAAUGUAGCAACAGUGGAGACCAAGAGGAUCCAAGUGGAGAGGAUGGCGAAACACUCCAACCUGGCCGACGUGGCCUUGGCGGGCCUCGCCAGCAAGGAGAACUUCCGCAAAGUCAGCCUGCGCAGUGUCAAGUCCACCGAUGUUGUGACCAACAACAGCGCACUGCCUUUCAACAAGCUCAUGCUUAUUCGCAUCAAAGGUCGGAGGCACGUCCAGGUGCGCUUGGUGGAGCCCACCGCCCGCUCUCUAAACAGUGGCGACUGCUUCCUUCUCAUAACACCUAAGCACUGCUUCAUGUGGAGCGGAGAAUUUGCCAACGUCAUUGAGAAAGCAAAGGCAUCGGAGAUGGCAGCGUUUGUUCAGGCCAAGAGGGACCUCGGCUGUAAGGCUCCCCAGGUGACGGUGCUGGAGGAGGGCAUCAACACUGAGAGCAGGUGGGCCAAAGAGUUCUGGAGCCUGCUGGGAGGAAAGACCAAAUACAAAGGGGCAGGGGAGCCAGAGGAAGAUGAAAUGUAUGAGAGUGGGGUGCUAGACUCCAAUGGGGUGUACAGACUCCAGGGAGACAAACUGGUGCCUCAUGAGGAUGCCUGGGCCUCCAUCCCGAGUGUCUCCUUGCUCAGCUCUAAGGAGGUCUUAGUGUUUGACUUUGGCAGUGAAGUGUACGUGUGGCAUGGGAAAGAUGUGCCCUUGGGCGACAGAAAAGUGGCCGUCAAACUGGGCAAACAGCUCUACAGCGGCAGCUACGACUACAGCAACUGCAGAGUCAACCCUUUAGAUGCCUCCUGCACGGACAAGGAUGUGCCUCUGCAGGGAGAGGGUCGUCCGAGCUGGGCUCUGUUUGGCCGGCUGUCAGAGCACAAUGAGACGUCGCUGUUCAGAGAGAAGUUCCUGGACUGGGCUGAGAGGAAGAAAGAGGAAGCAGCUCAAGCUGAGGAAAUCAAGAGUCCAGUCCAUUCCACUGUCCGCUCCCCGCUUGACUUGGACCUGCAGCCAUGUGAUGCCAGAGCCCUGCUGGACAACGAGCCUGAGCCGGUGAAGACUGUUCUGGAGGGAGUUGAUGUCCAGCGGGGCCACGGCCUGGUGAGGAAUGAGGAUAGCAGGCAGGCAGAGUUGGCUACAGUAGCUGUAGACGCCUGGCACAUCAAAGAGCACAGCGAGGAGGAACUGCCUGAAGAGAGCCUGGGCCAACUACACGAGGGCGAUGCCUACAUCAUCCGUUGGAAGUACUCCGUCACCACACUUGUGGGGAAGCGGCAGAAACCUGGGGAGCUGAGUGCUGGAGCUCCUGGGAGAGAGAGGACUGCUUGUUUUUUCUGGCAGGGCCGGCACUCCAGCAUCAGCGAGAAAGGAACCUCAGCUCUGAUGACAGUGGAACUGGGCAGCCACAGGGGGUCACAAGUGUUGGUGAGUCAGGGGAAGGAGCCGCCGUGCUUCCUCCAGCUUUUCCAGGGAGGUUUGAUCAUCCACAAAGGCAGCAGAGAAGACGGUGGCAACAACACAGGUGGCUGGAGGUUGUUCUGUGUCCGUGGUGAGGCGAAGGUGGAGGCCUCGCUGGUGGAGGUGGACUGCCAGCGGGCCAGUCUGCGGUCCCGUGCCAGCCUGGUGCUUCUGAACGCUCAGAAAGCUCAACUGUACCUGUGGCACGGCUGUAAAGCCCACGCCAGUGCCAGGGAGGUGGCCAAAAGAACUGCGGACAAACUAACCCAGAGGUGUCCCUCGGAGUUAGGUCUGAGCAGCACCAGCAGUGUGAAAGUUGAGGAGGUGGAGGAGGGAGCUGAACCCUCAGAGCUCGUGAAGGCUCUGGGCGGUCAGGACAAGAAGGCCUACGACUGUAUGCUGCAAGAUCCAGGGAAGUACAACUACACACCCCGGCUGUUCCGGCUGAGUGCCAGCUCAGGGGUGUUUGAAGGGGAGGAGCAGCUGUACCCUGCCCGGGUGACAGAGGGAGUCGUGGCGAUGCCUUUCCUGCAGGAGAACCUCUACUGCACACAACAGCCAGCCCUGUUCCUGCUGGAUAACCGUAUGGAGGUGUACCUGUGGCAGGGCUGGCAGCCCGAAGACACACAGUGCACCGGCUCCGCAAAGAUGCGCUGGGACAACGAGAGGAAAUGUGCCAUGGAGACUGUGCUACAGUACUGCAAAGAGAAGAACCCUCGGCGCCCCCCUCUGGCUUAUCUGGUUGUAGCAGGCUGUGAACCCCUCACCUUUACCAACAUUUUCCCAUACUGGGAGAAGGAUACCAGUAUCACUUCAAAGGUCGAGAGCUCCAGGAACAAGGUGACCUUGGUGAAGGAGGCGCUGUCUAAGCUCAGUAAGCAGCAGUACUCCAUCGAGGAGCUGACCAGCAAACCGCUGCCGGAGGGAGUGGACCCUCUGCGCCUGGAAGACUACCUGUCUGACCAGGACUUCAAGACACUUCUUGAGAUGAGUCGAGUUGAGUUCAACGCCCUGCCAAACUGGAAGCAAAAGAAUCUGAAGAAAAGCAAGGAUCUGUUUUAAAACAAACACAAACUUGCCUGUUCUUUAUGGCCUCAGCAGCUUUUCUUAUGUUUUUUUAUUCCCAGGAAAAAAAAACAAUGUCCUUAUUUUGUAAAGGUUAAAGAGAAGCAAAUGUAAAAUUUUGUUCAAAUGUUGAUCUAUUUUUAAUAACAAUGCCAUUUUUAAUGUUUCCCUGUGUCAUUGAAAUAUUUUAGCCAACAAUUAUGUGCAAUUGUUAAUCUUUUUGAUGGCGAGACGUUUUCCUUGUAUGGUAAAAAUAGUUACCCUCACAUUAUAAAUAUGUAAUAUACUAUAAAUGAAUGUGUUUUUAUGUUUACUCCAGACAUGUCAAUUUUUGGGUGAGAAGGUGUAUGAAAAUUGCCUGUGGUUUAAAACUGAGUGAGUGGAAAAGUUAGUGGAAAAAUUCAGCUCUGUGUAGUGGGAUUAAAUGUUCAGCAAAAAUGUCUCCACUUUGAUGUUGACAAAGGAAAGAAGAAAAGCAAAAACAAAUCAAAGUUCAGAGAACAAUCUAUCAUUUGUGGCUGGUUGAAAGAAACUAUGUGGUGUCACACGAAGACUGUAUUGUAGACGUCUCGUGCUAUAAUUUUAACAGAAAAAAUAUUCAGUUUUUUUAUCUUUUUAUUUUUUUUCUAUUGUAACCAAAACAAGUAAUUUCCAAAAUCCCAAAGAUUUCCAUAUUAAUUUGUGUAAUGAUUUAUUAUAUUUGACAUCAGAUUGUGACCCUGUGAAGAGCAGAAGUUGGUCAGAUUGAACCAUGAAACUUCACCUCUGCAACUGCAACCAUUACAUUGACACGACUGACUGUAGUCAGCGUCCUUGAAAGUGACCCAUAAUCAUUUUUUUCAAGUUUGGUACUGAAUAAUUCCUGGUCCUCAUGAAAAACUGCCUGUGUGCCAGUGAUGGCAGCCCUCUGAUGAACUGGUUGUGUGGGACCAAAUCUUUUCGUCUUGUUAUAAAUGUUUUUUUGUGAAUCGUGUGGGUGUGGGUGUGUGGGUGUGUGUGUGUGUGUGUGUGUGUGUGUGGGUGUGGGUGUGGGUGUGGGUGUGGGUGUGCGCGUGUGUAAAUGUGAGACUUCAGAAGUAUUAAGUGUGUAUGAAAGAGACAGUGAGAGAAUCUGUGCAGUAUAAACAAUCUUUUAUAGCGAAAUCUGUGCUCCUUGUAAUGGUAUGUUUAUGUAUAGAACAUACUGUUAAUAUGACAGCCUGUGUUGUGUGAAUUAGGAAAUUCUCUGCAUGACCAGAAACAUGUUUUGCUUUAACAAUCCUAUAUUAAUUAGUUGCAAUAUGCAUCUUUAUGCAUCUGCAUAAUAUGUGGAGACAGCAACCAGGCCAGCUUUUAUUUCUUGGCACAUAAAAAUGAACAUUGGUAGGGAAGUGAGAUGCUAAUGUUCAG